AUGUCGAAGAAAGAUGACGACACCGAGAGUCUCAAUUACAAAGAUUCCGGUGUUGAUAUCGAUGCUGGGACUGAGCUCGUUAGAAGAAUCGCUAAGAUGGCUCCUGGAAUUGGUGGAUUCGGUGGUCUCUUUCCAUUUGGUGAUUCUUAUCUCGUAGCUGGUACGGAUGGUGUUGGGACUAAACUUAAGUUAGCAUUUGAGACUGGAAGUCAUGAAACCAUUGGAAUCGACUUGGUUGCUAUGAGUGUGAAUGAUAUUGUUACUUCUGGUGCAAAGCCUCUGUUUUUCCUUGAUUAUUUCGCUACUAGUCGUCUCGAUGUUGACCUUGCAGAAAAGGUUAUUAAAGGUAUUGUUGAUGGUUGUCGCCUAUCGGACUGUGCUCUCUUAGGGGGAGAGACUGCAGAGAUGCCCGACUUUUAUGCAGAGGGUGAGUACGAUCUCAGUGGAUUUGCAGUAGGCGUAGUAAAGAAAGAUUCUGUUAUAGACGGAAAAAACAUUGUGGCUGGAGAUGUACUUAUUGGCCUUCCUUCCAGUGGCGUUCAUUCCAAUGGUUUCUCUUUAGUAAGAAAGGUCGUGGCUCGAAGCGGUCUUUCGCUGAAAGAUGAGCUUCCAGGUGGAUCAACUACUCUUGGUGAAGCUUUAAUGGCACCCACUGUCAUUUAUGUGAAACAGGUACUCGACAUAAUCAGCAAAGGAGGCGUUAAGGGGAUGGCUCAUAUAACAGGUGGAGGUUUCACCGACAACAUUCCCAGAGUGUUCCCUGACGGUUUGGGUGCUGUUAUUCACACUGAUGCUUGGGAACUUCCACCAUUGUUUAAAUGGAUCCAACAGUCUGGGAGAAUAGAAGACAGUGAGAUGCGAAGGACGUUUAACUUGGGAAUAGGGAUGGUUAUGGUGGUCAGUCCAGAGGCUGCUUUGAGAAUACUUGGAGAAGCUGAGAAUGGAGACUAUGUUGCGUAUCGCAUUGGAGAGGUUAUAAAUGGUGAAGGCGUAAGUUACCAUUAG